AUGUCAAAAUCGGAUGAUGUUUUAGAAUUUCUUGAAUCAUUACCAGAUAGUAAGACAAAUCCAUCGAAAACAUCAUCAUCAACAAAACCUUCAACAUCAACCAAUACAACCAAGAAUGAUAAAGAAGUUUUUGAUUUUUUAGAUGAAAUUGCAGAACAUGAACAAAAGAAACCAAAGAAAAAAUUUGAACCUAAGAAGAAAUCAGAUGAUAGUGAUUCUACUAUUACUACUAAAAGUGAAAAUACAAAGGAACAAGUUGAAGUAGAAGAUGAUGAUGAAGAAAAUGACCCAACUACUGGAACUUCAUCAUCAGAUACAACUGAUGAUCAAGCACAGCAACAUUCACCAAGAGAAAAAGAAGAUUCAUUAGAAAAUCCUAUAGCAUCAUUAUCAUCAUGGUGGUCAAAAGAAGGAAAUCAAAAAGUAAGUAAUUUAUGGGGUACAAUAACAUCAAAUGCAGAAAAAAUUUCAGAACAAACUUAUCAAUUAGCAUCAAAUACAACAAAUCAAAUUAAUGAAAAAUCAAAAAAUCUUGAUACUGAUCAAAUAAGUAAUAAAUUAAAUAAUAUUUUUUUAAAUAUAUCAUCACAAUUAAAACAAGGAUUAAUUGAUGAUGCAGAUGAAAUUUUAAAUUUAUUAAUUGUUUCUGAUUUAUAUAAUAUAAAUUAUUUAAAUGAUUUAAUAUUAAAUAAUUUUAAAUUAACAAUGAAUCAAGUUGAAGGUAAUAUUAAUAUAAAUGUAAAUGAAUUAAAUCAUCAUCAUAAUAACCUCCAAGAAGAAUCAAAUUUAAUUAAUUUAAAUAUGUUUUAUGGGAAAUUAAUUGAUGGUGAAAAAUUAGCAUUUGCAAAUUUAGAAAAUUCAAUAAAAGAAUAUAAAAAAAUUGAAAUAAAUAAAGAAAAAGAAAAUAACAAUCAACAACAGCAGCAGGAUAUAGUCAAGUCAAAUAUAUUUAUAACUAUUCAACCGAUAACUACAAAAAAUGAAUCAACAACAACCCAGGAAGAAAAUCAACCAGAUCAAAAUCAACAACAAACAAUAAUUGAAUCAAAUAAUAAUUCAUCAUUUUCAUUUACUUUAAUAUUAAAAGAUAUAACAAAUGAUAUAACAAUAUUAACAAGAACUCAACCAUUUCCAAUUAGAUGGUCAAAUUGGUUAGAAAAUAACAAUUCACAUUUAAAUUUACAAAAUGAAGAUUUUGAAGAAGAAAAUGUUGAUCCAAAAAAUUGGGUAAAAGAUUGGAUUAAACAAGGUUUAAAUUUAGGUUUUGGUAUAUUAGCUCAAGAAUAUGUUAUAAAAAGAAUGGGAGUAUAA